AUGGACUUCCGCCCGAUUGGCAUUAAUUCCCUCCCGGUGGAAAUACUCUGCGACAUCUUUCUCAAAUGGGAUCGCGAUGCGCGUCGAAGAUACGAUUGUCAGGUACCAUUGACAAUUUCGAGGGUUUGUCGAUAUUGGCGUGAUGUCUCUCUGUCACUCAGAGUUCUCUGGACAUACAUAGAUAUUUGCAUCAGCGGUAGAGCUCGAGAAAGGUAUAUCGAAUUUUUCGAAACAUGGCUUCGCAGGUCCAACGGUGCACCACUUAAGCUCGUCGUCAAAUUUGAUCUCACGUACAACCGAUCUCUCGAGGAUAAUCGAGUAGCUGAACGCGUUGUGUGUAUAUUGAUUUCUCACCAAUGGCACUGGGAGAAAGUCCAAUUUAAUUGGAAAUUUUCGGCGUCUCCUGGCUUCCCGGGUAUAAUACUUACACAAACGCCAAUGCUCACCAAACUUAAAUUACACGUCGAGCUCAUAAACGGGUGGGUCAGUGGAAGUUUCAAUCUGGCACAGGCUUCAAAGCUUGAGUAUGUGGAACUUAGGUUCCCGUUGUCUCUCGAAUUUGCAGACAAGUCAAUGAUAACUACGCUGCAUUCACUUUAUUCUUAUUUGGAUCCACAACAAUGCCGUAAGCUUCUCGAGGCGGCACCAAAUUUGAAGGAAGUUUUUAUUAACAGUAGAUUUGGACCGACUGAUGAGGUGGAGCGUUUUGUCAUCUCGCAUAGCCUCGAGAGGAUCGAUUUGACUGGUCCUGCAUCACACAUAAUAAUGGAUAAACUGGUCCUCCCUGCCUUAAUGGAGCUUCUCUACAAAGAUUUCGCUUCCAGAAAUGGUGGUGACCUAACGGGCUUUAUUCGACGCUCCUUACCACCGUUAACCAGGUUGACCGUCAGUUGUGUAGGAGCGGCGACACUUACGUCCAUCCUCCCACUCCUCCCCCUGCUUCGAACACUCGUAAUGAGGGAAAGCACUAUUUCAGCAGAACUCUUCGAGCUUCUUACCGUACCAAGCGGAGCGAGUACGAAUUAUCAUGCUAGGUAUAGGAAUAAUCGAAUCAUAUGCCCCGAUCUGCUAUGUUUUGAGUUCUUUUGGGAUUACUCUGUUGAAGGGAACUUUCGUGAAUGCAUUGAUGCUUUAUGCACAAUGUUAGAGUCACGUUGGGAUGAUUUGAUAAUUUGCGAUCAUCCGACUGACAUCCUUGGGCCCCACUCUCCCCUUUCUUCGGCUGACCGUAGAAAAUUGUGGACCCGCAUUGCAGAUGGGCAACCAUUUUGUGCGUCCGCACCCAUCCCGAGACGGCAUAGAGUUUUAGGAAUUACAUGA